AGCCGGCGGCCGUCAGCGGGUAGCGAGCGGCCCGUCCGUCCGUGGGCAGCCGUCGGGGCCCGGGCGCCCCGCGAUGAGCAGCCCCGAUGCGGGCUACGCCAGCAGCGAGGAGCAGGCGCAGGGCCGGGGCGCGCUGCCCGCCAUGAUGCCGGCCCUGGGCCCGUGCCCCUGGGCGGAGGCGCUGAGCCCGCCGGGCGAGGCCAAGGCGAAGGGCGAGGCGGGGGCGACGGGCGGGCGCGGUAAAGGCGAGGCGCGGAUCCGGCGGCCGAUGAACGCCUUCAUGGUGUGGGCGAAGGACGAGCGCAAGCGGCUGGCGCAGCAGAACCCGGACCUGCACAACGCCGAGCUCAGCAAGAUGCUGGGUAAAUCGUGGAAGGCGCUGUCGCUGUCGGAGAAGCGUCCCUUCGUGGAGGAGGCUGAGCGGCUGCGGGUCCAGCACAUGCAGGAUCACCCCAACUACAAGUACCGGCCGCGGAGGAAGAAGCAGGUGAAGCGGCUGAAGCGGGCGGAGAGCGGCUUCCCCCAGCACGGCCCGGCCGAGGCGGCGCCGCCCGCGCUGGUCCCCGACGGAGGCGGAGGCGUCGGCGGCGUCGGUCCGUGCGCCGACAGCCUGGCGCUGCCCUACGCGGAGCGCGGCUACGCGGCGGGGCCGGCGCGUUACCGGGACUGCCCGGCGCUGGGCGCCGCCUUCGACGGCUUCGGGCUGCCCACGCCGGACCCGUCCCCGCUGGACGCGGCGCACGGCGAGGUGCCUUUCUUCGCGCCGGGGCCGCUGGACGAGUGCGCGCCGGGGCCCUACGGCGGCUACGGCCCCGCGGCGCCGGGAGACUUCCAGGCUGCGGGAGCGGGGCCGGGCGAGAGCCCCGCGGGGGCGGCGCUGCGGCGGCACCAGCAGCAGCAUCACCCGCAGCAGCGCUCGCACCCCGCUGCCGGCGAGCUGGGGCCGGGCGGCGCUCCGCAGGGGCUGCUGGGCUGCCCGGCGCCGCCGCACUACUACGGGCAGCUGUGCCCGGGCCGCGGCCCGCCCGCUCCCGUGCCCGUGGCCGUGGCGCUGGGCGCGCAGCCGUCCCCGCCGCCCGAGGCCGCGGCGUGCCGGGAGCCGCUGGAGCACUUGCCGCACGACGAGCUGCUGGGAGACGUGGACCGCAGCGAGUUCGAGCAGUACCUGCGCUUCGCCUGCAAAGCCGAGCUGGGGCCGCCCUUCGCGGGCCACGACGUGGCCGGGCUGGCGUC